UAGUAAUUUCGAUGGACUGGAGGUUGCUUGCAUUCGUCUGUAUAUUUUUUCUGAUAUGCUCUGAUUUUGGAACCGUUUGGGUUGAUGGGAAAAUCUACACAUAUCCUAAGUAUUCUUUUAAGAAGAAGAGAGGAGAUAGAAAGCUGAAACAGGAGCUAAACAGAUGUGAAAAAGAGGCUGAUUGUGGAGGCUUCACUGGACCUCAGUAUCUAAUGUGUAUCCGCAAGUGUGUGUCUUCUGAGUGCUUUGAGGAACUCUAUGCUCAUGAUGAGUUAGAAGAAGGAGAAAUUGAUGUGAGGUACAACUCCUUCAAAGGUUGUGUCAUUAAAAAAAUGAAGACGAGGUAGCAACAGACCAGUAUUGGAGACAAAAGAUGAAAGAACUGCCAUUCUGGUGGUGUUGGACACCAAGCCAUAUUAAUGACUUCCAGUUACCUUAAUGUCAGCUCAAAUAAAGGACACAUCAGUGUGGUGUUGAUACUCACUGUUGAUCAGUGAAACUGUCUCAAAUAUAUUAAAUUAUAUUGAUAAACAUUUUUAGCAAAAUACAAUUUAAGCCACAUGGUGGAAAUAAAAAGAAAAUGCUCAAAAUUUGAUGGAUUUAGUGGAUUUUGAUUUAGUUUUAUUCCAAAUUAUGAAGUAAGG